GCCGCCGCUCCGCCGCUAUAAAACGAGCGCCCCCUGGAGGAGACAGCCACCCUAUCCCAUCUCGCCACCGGCAACCCAUUCGCACGUGCCACAGUCGAUCGCCAUCCAGCUCUCUCCUCUCCUCCCUCAUGGCGCCCACGCCCUCCUUCCUCUUCGGCGCCGCCCCGGAGGACACGCCGGCGGCUGACAUGUCGGCCCAUGCCAUGGUGCCAGACCUCUCCGACGCGGUGGCGCGGGCGAGGCUGCGCCGGCAGGCGGCGUCCGGGCCGGGGAGGCAGCAGGCGGCCUCCCGCGGCGGGGCGCUGCCCAGGAAGACCCCGCAGCGCGGCCUCGGCGUGGCGGAGCUCGAGCGCCUGCGCUGCGGCGGCGUCGACCCGCUGCGCGACCUCAACUCCGCGGCCGCGGCCGCCAUGCUGGAGGCCGCCGCCGCCAACCUGCAGGCGCAGGGCAACUCCGUCGUCCUGCAGCACCACCACGACUACCUGCCCGCCUUCGACGCCGCCACCGGCUCGCGCUACUACUCGCCGCUCCUGGUCCAGCCGCCGCCCGCCCCUCCGGCGCCGCAGCCGCAGCCGCAGGCUCCCGUCCGCUACGUCCAGGGCAUGGCGCCCGAGCAGCAGUACUUCAUGGACCGCUGGGACCGCAUGGGGGGCUUCGUCCCGGCGGGCAGUGGCCACCAGCCGCAGCUCCAGGUGCCGGCGCCAGAGUGCCCUUCAAGCCAAAGCACCAUCUGGCGUCCGGCGUGCUCCUCCGCCUCCUGCGGCUGCCUCCACGCGGGCCAACGCUGCGACCUCUGCUCCAAGAUGAUGGUGGCCAUGGCAGAUAGAGGAACAAGGAGCCCUGCCACCGCCACCGCCAACGCGCCAUACUACUCCAUCUACGAUCUCGCCGCCACCAUGGCCAUGACCGCCGCUUGCAAGGAGACGACCGGACAAGGGUUCUUGGCACCGGAGGGGAGGAAGGAGGUGCGGGAGAUCGAGUUCUUCCCGACGAGGGUCACCAGCCACGGCGGUCCAGACGAGUCAGAGCUGCGUAGGAAGCCGCCUUCCUCCUCCUGGCCGUCCGGCGGCGUCGGUGGCUCCCUGGACCUGUCCCUGAGGCUCUAGCUAGGGCUUGGACUUCCGAUCAGUAUCAGGUCGUAGAUCCAUGAACGAGUUCUUAGAUUGUUUUGAUUAAUCUUUGCCAUUUCGGGAGCUAAUUACAGUUUGCCAAAACAUACAUGUGUCGGAUGAGAACAAGAUGAAUGCCCCUAGUGCCGUUUUAACUAGAGUAAUUAAUUUGGUGAAGUGUAAUGGUACUCUAGACGAUUCGUAUAUCAUAUCACAAUCCAGCCAAUUAAUGUUUCCGGUGAUCUAUAUA